AUGAGUGAAUUGGUUUUGUGUGAACCAACAGAACUUUAUAACAUCUUGAAUCAAGCCACAAAACUGUCCAGAUUAACUGAACCCAACUAUCUCUGUUUACUGGAUGUGCGGUCCAAACGGGAGUAUGAUGAAAGCCAUUUGAUUACGGCUCGUCGAGUGAAGCAGAAAGACAAGCAGUAUCUUAUCCCAGAGUCUGUGGAUCUGGAGUGCGUCAGAUACUGCGUGGUGUAUGAUAGAAACACCAAAUCCCUGGAGAUAAUCUUGCAAAGCAGCGAAGACGAUGAGGAUUCUGACAGACUGGUGCUUGGAGCUGCUGUGGAGUUUGGCAAAAUCCUGGUCCAUCUCACCCGCUACCCCAUCUACAUCCUGAAGGGGGGUUAUGAGACCUUCUCAGCCAUGUAUCACUUCCUCCGGACUCAGAAAAUCAUCUGGAUGCCCCAGGAACUGGAUGCAUUUGAGCCGUACCCUGUUGAGAUAAUUCCAGGCCAACUCUACCUGGGCAACUUCAGCCAAGCCUGCAACCCUAAAAUGCACAAGGAUUUGAAAAUUCAAGCGCAUGUCAAUGUCUCCAUGGAGGCAGGACCAUUUUUUGAGAAUGAUGCUGACAAGCUUCUUCACAUCCGUGUGGAAGACUCAAUGGAUGCAAACCUUUUCCCCUCAUUUCGCCACCUCUGCCACUUCAUUGACAUUCACUCUGAGCUUAAGUCCAUCAUCUUGGUCUUUUCCAAAAUGGGCAUCAGCCGCAGCUCUGCAGCUAUCAUCGCCUAUCUCAUACACCGGGACCAGCAGACCUUGAAGAGGUCCUGGAACGUUGUCAAGCGUUGUAAGAACAACAUAUGUCCAAACCAGGCCUUAGUGAAACAGCUGCUGCUUUGGGAGAAGAUUGUCCUUGGGGACACCGUCACAGAUAUCUCGGACCUGCCCCACUGA